AUGUAUAUGGCCGGGUGUCUCGUGGGACCGUUGAUCGCGACCGCGGUCGCAUCGGCCAACCCCUACUCCCAGUGGAACCUCUUCUAUGCUUUUCCCCUGGGUAUUGGAGUGGCCAACCUGGCCCUCGUCGCCGUCGCGUUCCGAGAUCGUUUCGCGGGGAUGGCGCAGGUCCGUCCAUCCGGUCGCUUGAGCGACGAGGGACGCGGCAAGGCCGCCUGGACGGAAAUCCGGGUGACACUGUCCACUCCGGGGGUCUGGCUGCUCAGUCUGUUUUUCUUUUUCUUUCUGGGGUCAUCAAUCACGGCCGGCGGGUGGAUGGUGGAGUAUCUGGUGAUCGUCCGGGACGGGGACAUGAAGAACAUCGGAUACGUCUUGACCGGAUUCUACGGUGGAUCCUUCCUCGGACGACUAGUACUGGCCGAGCCCACGUAUCGAUUCGGCGAGCGUCGAAUGGUCUUCGUCUAUGCGGUACUGUGCGUGGGCUUGCAGCUCGUGUUUUGGCUAGUGCCAGAAAUCGUGACCGCUGCCGUGGCUGUCAGCUUUCUAGGCUUCUUCUCCGGUCCCUUCUUCGCCACGGGCAUCAACGUGGGGUCCCGGAUGUUCGGGCCUGAGAUCCGAUCCUCGGCCAUUGCGUUCGUGUUUGUGCUCGGUCAGAUCGGCGGCUCCAUCUUUCCGGCCGUCACCGGAAUCAUCGCGGCGCGCGUGGGCGUGCAAGUGCUGCAGCCGAUGCUGGUGGGAUUGCUGGGCGCCGCGGGCCUCAGCUGGUUAAUUUUACCGCGCGACGUCGAGCUGCAUCGUGAUUGA